ACAAACUGAGACUGAGAAGUGAGACUGACCCAUGUUUAUUUCCACGUUAACAUCGUAAGUUUAUCAAGGAUCUAAUUUUUUUCCCAUCAAUUUCUACUUCGAAUGGAUGACAACUGAAAUUGAAAAGUCUACUUAAGUACUUCUUAUUGAACCAGGAAGAUUGCCGUGCUCAGGCCGGCAGUAUCGUUUCUUCUCUGCUGAGCUCCAGCGCUCCAUCGACUUGGAUUUGACAUUCAUACCUACAGUAGAAAGAUGAAAAACCUGGGGAAGUGAGCGCAUGUAUGGAAGACAAGAAGAAAAAAAGCCAAGGAUACUCUGAGGUCACCUAAUAGAACUUGAGGAUUUUAAAAGCAAGUCAUACAUGCAAUCGUAGCUGUUAACGGAAUACUCAGCAAUUUCUCCCAUUACCAAGGUUAAAACGGAGGAUAUCUGUGAUCCAAAUUCAAGCAUUAGCUGAGGAAUCAGCCAGCAGGGCUGAAAAAAAUGUUGAGGAGUCUUGUGCAAUGAACCAUGGCUGACGAACAAAUGACAUUUCCAGUCGUUUUAAUCGAGAGACUCGCUGCAAAUGAGAAAUACUCUGUGGCUGAAAAUGAUACGCCAAAGAUGCCACCAGUUGAAUGUAAGUCCCAAGAUAUAAGUCCCUCUCAAGAAGUCAUUAAAAGGGAAUUUUCUGCCCAAAUUGUGCCUGUUAUAAAGCAAGAGCCUUGUUAUGAAUUUGAAGGAGGUACUUCUUCGCACUUAGAUAUCUCUAUUAAUCUUGUCGGAUUUAAUGUAAAAAAUGAGAUUAAACCGGAAGUAACCGCUGAACUAGUAGGCAGUUUCCCCCUAAGUUUAAGCAGCAAUCAGCCACAGUAUCAGGAGACAUUGAAAAUCGAAAACAGGUCUGAGCAAAGUGAAAUUGAAUACCAUUCCAACAACAGCUCUGAAAAUUGUAGCAGAAUAUCUCCAAGAAUCUUGGAACACCAUGAAGUGGAGAAUACAAAAUGUAAUGAUGAUACCAUGACCCUCUCUUCCUUCAUAUCAAAUGUCACUGUAAAGCUUGUGGAUAUGUUUUCUGAUGAGGCUCGGAAGCGUGGUGAGGUACACUCCAGCAACAGUUUUUGCUCGUGUAUUUUUUGUCGCAGAGUAUACAUGGACACAUCAAAUGCUCAUUUACUCUCUAUGAAUUUAAAAAAUGCCUCAGAACAUGGUCCUCCAAAAUCCCAACAGAAACUUGCAAAUCAUUCUGGCCAAAGAUUAUCAAAUAAAAAAAAAAAAUUAUUCAGGUGUGCUGUUUGUCAAGUGCAGUGCAAAAAUAUCUCCAGCUGGAAGGCACACUGGGUCGUGCAUAAGGGAAACUACAAAUGCUUUUUGUGCAAAGUGAGGUGUGAAUCUGAAAAGAAGUUUGAGAAUCAUAUGAGGGAUGCACACAGCAUUGGAAAAGCGUACAAAUGCAGUAUUUGCUCCAAAUCAUUUAGGCUAUUAAGUUGUUUACUCCAGCACUUUAAGGUGCAUAUUGAAGAUCGCCCAUUCAAGUGUGAUCUUUGCUCCAUGGCAUUCAAAAUUCAUCAGCAUUUAACCGUACACAAGGAGAAUAUUCAUUUGAAAGCUAAACCAUAUUCCUGUGACCUCUGCACAGCAAAAUUCAGUACGAAGCCAAUACUCUCCGAUCAUAUGAGAUCAGUGCACAGCAAUAAAAGACCGUUUGAGUGUAAAGUUUGCUGUAAAUCAUUCAAACUGAAGUCACAUUUAGUGAAACAUAGCAAAAUGCACAGCUCUGAAAAGCCUUUUAAAUGUGAGUUAUGUCCAGCGACAUUCAGAUACCGGCAAAGUGCGAAAGAACAUCUACGUGUACAUUCUAACGAAAAACCAUACCUUUGCAGUAUUUGUCCCAAGUCUUUUAGGUAUUCGAGUCAGUUAUCAGUGCAUGAGAAAAGGCACUCAAAAAAAAGAGCUUUUGUCUGUGAUUUGUGCAAAACAAAGUUUAAAACAAGGGAAACCAUCAGCAAGCACAUAAGAAUAGUUCAUUUAGGGGAGAAACCAGUGAAGUGCAAUUUAUGUCCCUACAAAACUAUAAAUACUUCAUCUUUAAAGAAACACAUGGCAGUCCAUGAAGAAACAAGGCCAUUUAAAUGUACUUUAUGUUCUGCAAAAUUUGCAGUAAGCCUAUACCUAAAAAUUCACUUGAAAACUAUUCACAGUGGAAGAUCGUUUGAUUGUGAGAUUUGUCACAUGAAAUUUCCUCGCAAGAGGUCCUUAACGCUGCAUCGUAAUGUGCACAAAGAGGAAAGACAAUUUAAGUGCGAUUUAUGCUGCACUGAAUUUUCCAAGUCAGUGGACUUGACAAAACACAUGGACGGGCAUGAUGCGGGUGGGAAAUUCUUCUGCGCCCAUUGCCCUUCCGCUUUCAAAUACAAAAAGAAAAUAAUUACUCAUUUGAAAAUACACUCUAUCAUGGUUGACAAAGAAAUGACAUCUCCAGUCGUCUUAGUCCAGAAACUCACAGCAAAAGAGAAAUACUCUUCGCCUACAAAUGUUACUUCAAAGAUGCCUCCAGUUAAAUAUAAGUCCAAUGAUGUAAGUCCCUUUCACAAAGUCAUUAAAAGGGAAUUUUCUGUCCAAAUUGUGCCUGUUAUAAAGCAAGAGCCUUGUUAUGAAUUUGAAGGAGGUACUUCUUCGCACUUAAAUAUCUCUAUUAAUCUUGUCGGAGUUAAUGUAAAAAAUGAGAUUAAACCGGAAGUAACCGCUGAACUAGUAGGCAGUUUCCCCCUAAGUUUAAGCAGCAAUCAGCCACAGUAUCAGGAGACAUUGAAAAUCGAAAACAGGUCUGAGCAAGGUGAAAUUGAGUACCAUUCCAAAAACAGCUCUGAAAAUUGUAGCAGAAUAUCUCCAAGAAUCUUGGAACACCAUGAAGUGGAGAAUACAAAAUGUAAUGAUGAUACCAUGACCCUCUCUUCCUUCAUAUCAAAUGUCACUGUAAAGCUUGUGGAUAUGUUUUCUGAUGAGGCUCGGAAGCGUGGUGAGGUACACUCCAGCAACAGUUUUUGCUCGUGUAUUUUUUGUCGCAGAGUAUACAUGGACACAUCGAAUGCUCAUUUACUCUCUAUGAAUUUAAAAAAUGCCUCAGCACUUGGUCCUCCAAAACCCCAACAGAAACUUACAAAUCCUUCUAGCCGAAGAUUAUCAAAUAAAAAAAAAAUAUUAUUCAGGUGUGCUGUUUGUCCUGUGCGAUGCAAAAAUUUGUCCAGCUGGAAGGCACAUUGGGUUGUGCAUUGGGGAAACUACAAAUGCUUUUUGUGCAAAGUGAGGUGUAAAUCUGAAAAGAAGUUUGAGAAUCAUAUGAGUGAUGCACACAGCAUUGAAAAAGCUUACAGAUGCAGUAUUUGCUCCAAAUCAUUUAGACAAUUAAAUUGUUUACUCCAACACUUUAAGGUGCAUAUUGAAGACCGCCCAUUCAAUUGUGAUCUUUGCUCCAAGGCGUUCAAAUUUCAUCAGCAUUUAACCUUACACAAGGAGAAUAUUCAUUUGAAAGUCAAACCAUAUUCCUGUGACCUCUGCACAGCAAAAUUUAGUACGAAGCCAACACUGUCAGAUCAUGUGAGAUCAGUGCACAGCAAUAAAAGACCGUUCGAGUGUAAAGUUUGCUGUAAAUCAUUCAAACUGAAAUCACAUUUAGUGAAACACAGCAGAAUGCACAGCUCUGAAAAGCCUUUUAAAUGUGAGUUAUGUCCAGCGACAUUCAGAUACCGGCAAAGUGCGAAAGAACAUCUACGUGUACAUUCUGAUGAAAGACCAUACCAUUGCAGUAUUUGUCCUAAGUCUUUUAAGUAUUCGAGUCAUUUAUCAGUACAUGAGAGGAGGCACACAAAAAAAAGAGCUUUCGUCUGUGAUUUGUGCAAAGCAAAGUUUAAAACAAGGGAAACCAUCAGCCAACACAUAAGAGUUGUUCAUUUAGGGGAGAAACCAGCGAAGUGCAAUUUAUGUCCUUACGAAACUAUAAGUACCUCAUCUUUAAAGAAACUUAUGGCAGUCCAUGAAGAAAGUAGGCCAUUCAAAUGCUCAUAAUGAUCUGCAAAAUUUGCAGAUAGCGGAUACCUAAAAAUUUACUUGAAAAUUAUGCAAAAAGAUCAAUAGAUUAUUAUAAAAGAUCAUUUUAAAAAAAUUAAAAAUGUGCAAUUUAUGACCCUUCAAAACUGUAUCUACUUCAUGUUCAAGGUGAUUCGAUGGA